AGGCAGCACAGCGAUCUUGCGGUCUCCUGUCGAAACAGCAAAGACUUGCUCCUGGAGGCAUGCGUCCAGCUUUUGUUGCACGGAUACUGGGCUGCAGACGCAUCUUAGACCAGCCCUCUGGACAUUCAAAUAGAAGGAUGGAGGGGACCGUGAACUCUUGCAGGGGGCGAUUGGUAUGCACUGCAGCAACAAGCACUUCAGAGACAGUGACUCAGGAGUCCAAGUCAAGGCUGCCUCAGGAACCUGCUGCACCUCGGAGGCAGAGAGUCUUCUCAGGGGUCCAGCCCACUGGGACGCUCCACUUAGGCAACUAUUUGGGAGCCAUCCGUAAUUGGGUGAAGAUGCAGGACCUGUAUGACACCUUCUUCUGUGUGGUGGACAUGCAUGCGAUCACAAUGCCACACGAGCCCCGAGACCUUGUAGAGGCGACCAGGAAAUCCGCAGCGCUGUACCUAGCAUCCGGCAUCAAUCCUGACAAGGCCGCCAUCUUCGUGCAGUCCCACGUCAGCGCCCAUGCUGAGCUGGCCUGGCUGCUGCAGUGCUACACGCCCAUCGGGUGGCUCAGGCGCAUGAUCCAGUUCAAGGAGAAGUCGCAGAAGCAGAAUGCUGAGGAGGUUGGGGCUGGGCUCUUGACAUAUCCUGUGCUCAUGGCUGCUGACAUUCUUCUGUACGGCACAGAUCUUGUCCCCGUGGGGGAGGACCAAAGGCAGCACAUAGAGCUGGCGAGGGACAUAGCAGAGCGAUUCAACUACAAGUUCGGGGGGUCAAAGUGGAAGAAGCUGGGCGGCCGCGGCGGGAAGAUAUUCAAAAUCCCCGAGGCUUUCAUGCCCCCGGCCGGCGCGCGUGUCAUGUCUCUUUCGGAUGGCACGAGCAAAAUGAGCAAGUCUGCAGAGUCGGACGGGUCCCGCAUAAACUUGCUUGAUCCGCCAGACGUGCUCGCCAACAAAAUCAAACGCGCAAAGACAGAUGUGUUCAAGGGAUUGGAGUGGGACAACCCUGACCGGCCAGAGGCCACCAAUCUGAUCACCAUCUACUCACUCGUCACUGGCAUGAGCACAGGGGCUGCGGUGGAGGAGGUGUGUGAUUUGUCCUGGGGAGAGUUCAAGCCUCGCCUGGCAGAUGCGGUUGUUUCGCAUUUGGAGCCACUGCAGCAGCGCUACAAGCUUAUCAUGGAUGAUGAGCACUACCUGGAUGAGGUCCUUGCUCAGGGCGCCGACAAAGCGGAAGAAGCUGCAAACCGGACACUGAACAAUGUCCGACAGGCUAUGGGCUUCCAAGCAAGGGUGAGAAGGUAGUUAACACGUGGGGAAUGUGAGGCGCCCAAUUUCCUUGUGGCGAUGCGCAGCGCUAGCUACAAGCUGCUCAUAUCAUUAGUACUGUGGGACUUGCUUAAGACUGGCGGGUCACCAGGCCGUUGUGGGAAUAACCAGAACUGAUUAUUGCCAUGCUAUUGUAAGGCAGAUUCCGGAGUAACCGCUGUUUACCAUC